AUGCAGGCGCGCUACUCGGUGUCCGACCCCAACGCCUUGGGAGUGGUGCCCUACUUGAGCGAGCAAAAUUACUACCGGGCGGCGGGCAGCUACGGCGGCAUGGCCAGCCCCAUGGGCGUCUACUCCGGCCACCCGGAGCAGUACGGCGCGAGCAUGGGCCGCUCCUACGCGCCCUACCACCACCACCAGCCCGCGGCGCCCAAGGACCUCGUAAAGCCGCCCUACAGCUACAUCGCGCUCAUAACCAUGGCGAUCCAGAACGCGCCCGAGAAGAAGAUCACCCUGAACGGCAUCUACCAGUUCAUCAUGGACCGUUUCCCCUUCUACCGGGAGAACAAGCAGGGCUGGCAGAACAGCAUCCGCCACAACCUCUCGCUCAACGAAUGCUUUGUCAAGGUGCCCCGCGACGACAAGAAACCAGGCAAGGGCAGCUACUGGACGCUGGACCCGGACUCCUACAACAUGUUCGAGAACGGCAGCUUCCUGCGGCGCCGCCGGCGCUUCAAGAAAAAGGACGUGCCCAAGGAGAAGGAGGAGCGGGCCCACCUCAAGGAGCCGCCCCCGGCGGCGGGCAAGGGCGCCCCGGCCGGGCCCCCUCUAGCGGACGCCCCCAAGGAGGUCGAGAAGAAGGUGGUGAUCAAGAGCGAGGCGGCGUCGCCGGCGCUGCCGGUCAUCACCAAGGUGGAGACGCUGAGCCCCGAAAGCGCGCUGCAGGGCAGCCCGCGCAGCCCGGCCUCCACGCCCGCCGGUUCCCCCGACGGCUCGCUACCCGAGCACCACGCUGGCGCGCCCAACGGGCUGCCCGGCUUCAGCGUGGAGAACAUCAUGACGCUGCGAACGUCGCCGCCGGGAGGCGAGCUGAGCCCCGCGUCGGGGCGCGCGGGCCUGGUGGUGCCGCCACUGGCGCUGUCCUACGCCACCGCGCCGCCCGCCGCCUACGGCCAGCCGUGCACGCAGGGCCUGGAGGCCGGGGGCGCCGGGGGCUACCAGUGCAGCAUGCGCGCCAUGAGCCUGUACACCGGUGCCGAGCGGCCCGCGCACAUGUGCGUCCCGCCCGCGCUGGACGAGGCCCUCUCGGACCACCCGAGCGGCCCCACGUCGCCCCUGAGCGCCCUCAACCUCGCCGCCGGCCAGGAGGGCGCGCUCGCCGCCGCGGGCCACCACCACCACCAGCAUCACGGCCACCACCACCCGCAGGCGCCGCCGCCCCCGCCGGCUCCCCAGCCCCAGCCGGCGCCACAGCCCGGGGCCGCCGCGGCUCAGGCGGCCUCCUGGUAUCUCAACCACAGCGGGGACCUGAACCACCUCCCGGGCCACACGUUCGCGGCCCAGCAGCAGACUUUCCCCAACGUCCGGGAGAUGUUCAAUUCCCACCGGCUGGGGAUGGAGAACUCGACCCUCGGGGAACCGCAGGUGAGCACCAACGCGAGCUGUCAGCUGCCCUACAGAUCCACGCCGUCUCUCUACCGCCACGCCGCCCCCUAUUCCUAUGACUGCACGAAAUACUGA